CAGUGAGGAUUUAUCACACUUUCUGUGCGGUUGCAACCCAGUCAUUGGUAUUCUUCAAACACCAUCCAUCAAUUAAUGAUGCACCUGCACACUGCAGUCUGGCAGCUGGCUACUGCCCCAACCUAAUUGAAAUAAAGUUGAUUUGUUUGAAAACUCAGCUUCUACGGCUAUCAAUCAAUACGCAGCUAUUUCGUGACCGGCACAGAGAGUUUAAUCAUUUACUUUUUCUUUAACCAAUCCCGUCAUUUUUGCAGUUUGUAUUCACAAGGUAGGGAACGUGGUUACCAAUAAAAACUAAGACUCAAAUGCUGAUGGGGAAUGGUACUGCAGCAGAGGAAUGGGGCACUUACAUCCCGCAGGACUGCAAAGGAAUUCUUCAGCCCCGAAACAGGAAUUUCAUUUUGUUUUCAAUGACUGACACUUUCGCACCGGAUCUGACAGUGAUUUGAACCAAGUAGUACUGCAUCGAGUGAGAAUACCAGUACUUGGAAUAUUAAAUGAAUGGAAUGUUUCUGAAGUGAUGUCAGAGAAUUGUACAUGUGCAGAAUUCCCAGAACAGUGCAUGCACUUAUUUUUCUCCAGAUGUCCAGCCGAUGAACUACGUACAACCCAUUGGAGUCUCAAGUUUCUGCAUUUCAUGCUUGCCAUUCUGAUUGGACUCUUGCAGCGUUUACACAGCUUUGGUGACAACAGAAGCCGAUCAACUACAUUGUAGAGUGGUGAUUGAAAAUUCCCCCUGCCGAGUUUAUUUUCACAGGGAUGGUGACGUGCUCUGGAUUUAACAGUGAUAAAGCUCAGUGAUUGAAGAAAAAACUGUACUGGAGACUUCAAAAUACAUCUUUGUGGACUUCAACAUGGAAUACCGUAAGAAAUUCAUUGGGGGAAGUGCAGCAGAAAUGUCACGCACAUGUGUGAUACAUGAUGUAGACAAUCCCACUCACCAUUUCCUCUGCAGGGUUUCAUGCGCCAAGCACUAAGAUUAAUUACUGAAACUCAAUCCGACAUCUGUUGUUUUUUGUGUGAAAAAAGCUGUUUUUGACAUGUAUUGCACAUCCUGUCUCUACAACUGAUACAACAGGGAUCCGGAGUGAUUACAGCUUUUGCACAGUGAGGAAGCUUGUAUUGACUUUCACAGUCUGAGUCAAUUUACCAGGAAACAUUUCUGUGGAGUUUGUGACCACAAGGAGAACAUGUACUGCACCAACCACACAGCCUGCAUUCAUCAGUCAGUGCAAAAAACAGUACCAGAUUCGAAUCAGCCUGGCUCAGCAAGCAUCCAUGAUCAAUCGCACUCUAUAAUCCCAGUGAGACACUGAGGCAAUGUUCAAUACUCUCAGCAGCAGUUGUCAGCACCAAGACCUAACUCUGACAGCAAGUGAAAGAGAAUUUAAUUGUUAAGAGAAAUAACCCAUAUGUAAGAACUUCCUAAAGUUCUUUCGAGGACUCUGGAAUUACUUUGGUUAUUCAAAGAACUGUCCAAUGUGUCUUGUUGCAACGUGCAAGUUACUGCAUUUGGUUAGGUGAGUCAUCAUUCUCCACUUCUGUUAGAAAGAGAGAGUUUAGUUCUUGUGUAUAUUCUUCUGACCGAAGCAACUACAUAAGAUGGUGGAAUGGGAGACUAUUUCAGAGCUGAUUAUUGGCCUGUUGGGAAUCGCUGGUAACUUCCUCGUCUGUCUCUCCAUCAUCAGGGCAAAGUUUAUGCACAACAUCACCAACUACAUUCUGCUCAGCUUAGCCAUUGCUGACUUUGUUGUCUGCUUGAAUAUCCUCAUCUUCAACAAGUACGUCCUGGAUGUUGGGGACCUAGACUUCCAUCCCUCCAGCCCCUUGGUCGGCGAGAUCCUUUGCCAGCUGUUUGAUGACAAGAUCCUGGUUUGGUGGAGCAGCAAGACCUCCGUGAUGCACCUCAUGUUUGUGGCCAUUGAGCGCUUUGUGGCCAUUGUGCAGCCGCUGCGGUACAAACGCUACUUCACGGUUCGACGUCUCAUCGUGUUGUUUGUCGCCAUGUGGUUGCUAUCUCUGCUGCUACAGUUGCCUUACAUGCUGACCCCAGAUUUCAACCCUGACACCUCCCAGUGCGACAGGCCACGAAUAUCUACGUUCAGUCGCAUCUUCUAUGUCUUCACCAACUUUCUCUUCAUUAUCAUUCCAUCCAUAUGCACUCUCUGGUGCUACUGGCGGAUCCUCAAAUGUUUGCGGACUAGUGCACGAACCUUCCUGGAAGAAAACAACAGGGGACCGGGACUGGAGCUACUGUAUGCCUGCCGAAAAGUCGUGCAGACGCUUUUUAUAGUUUACGUGGCUUUCAUUAUUCUCUGGUUUCCAAACCUCAUCUUGGGAAUUAUUUACAGUCUACCAGUAACAACCCUCAGUACUCCGCCCGGUUUGAACACUGCAUUCAAACUCAUGGCCUUCUCCAAUUCGGUGGUCAAUCCUUUCAUUUACGGCUUCAAAUACAGGCAGUUGCGAAAAGCCUUUAAAGUGGCCGUGAUGCCGUGUUGCUGCAAUACAGAGGUAAACCCAAACCCUGGGUCUGCCCCAUAUGAACUGAGCGUUUUACGCUUACAACAAGGUUCAAACAACGGUGCAUCUUAA